AAUCGUCAAGGACUGCGCUUCCCAACACCUACGGCCAUGUAUACGUUCCGUCUACUAAUAUAAGGUCUCUAAUGAGUACGCCACUCCAUAUGUAAUACAUUUUAAAACAAGUUAGCAUUUCUAUAAUUUGUUCAUUCCCACCUGUUUACGUAGUUUGUCCUUCGGUCGAUAAAGUGAUCUUAUAAUAUAGCUAGUGGUAGGUAAUAGUAGUGGGUAAUAUCAAACAGUACGUAUAAUACGUACUAUCAUCGUAAGAUAGUAUUGUAGAUUUUUAGAAUACCCGAUCUUAUGUGUCUAGAAGUCUAGAGUUGUAAAGUUGUACUAUGAUGUACUAUGAUUGUACCUUACGUAGUGUUUUCAUAUGAAGUUAAAUAUUAAUUGUUCCGAUAAAUAUAUUGUCAGUGUUUAAUAUAUAUAUAUUAUAUUAUUAGGUAAAGUAUAUUUUCAUAUUCCUACAAUCUGCAUGCUAGAAAAUGUAAGUCUCGGCUCAUCAAUGGCAACGAAGGUGACCUAUUCCUGGAUUAUAUGUUUAUGUUUAAUUUCCGGAUCUGGAAUUUUGUGUGACAGAAUACUCGAUAGACGACAAGCUGUAUCAUCUUGCUCAGUAAACAAUGACAAUACGUUUUAUUGUUCAAAUGGACUGUGUAUCGAAUGGUCGUGGGUUUGUGAUGGUCGUAAGGAUUGUUCAGAUGGUUCAGACGAGACUAAAGAGUUGUGUGCUCUAUACGAAUAUGGAACUACAGAUUGCGGUAGAGUUGAAUCGUUCGGCAUUAGUGGAAAAGAACAUUUUGGAGUGGCACGUUGGAAUGUUGGAAUAUAUCGAUUUGAAAAUUUAAAUUAUAAAUAUUUAUGUCACGGAUCAAUUAUUGCUCCAAAUGGGCUGAAUGUUUUUUCUCUCCCUAUAUGGUUACUACAAAAAUAUCAGUAACAUAUGGAAAACUCAAAGUUGCUGUAGGAAAAUAUCAUUAUAAUUUUUCAAAAAUUGACAAUGAAUAUACUCAAAUAUUGAAUGUGGAAACAAUAUACAUAAAGGAAAGUUAUAAUGGAAUAGAAGGGUCAUAUGCUGAAGAUAUAGCUGUUAUAUUGUUAGAAAACAAAGUUUUGAUUACCAGUGAUGUUUCACCUGCAU